AUGGUGAAUUCAGGCCACGCCGUGAUCCUGUUCUACAAGUACGUGGAGGUGGAGACUCCGCUGGAGCUCAAGCAGGAGCAGCAGCAGCUUUGUGAGCGUUUGGGACUCGUAGGCCGCAUUCUCAUCAGCGAGGAAGGCAUUAACGCCACGCUCUCGAGUCCUUCACGUGCCAAGAUCGAUGAGUACAUCGCAUUCCUAUGCACGCAUAAGGUGUUCGCCAUGCGUCCUGAGGACUUCAAGCACAGCUCUCACGAGCAUGAGGAGCCGCCUUUCGUGGGCCUUAUCAUCAAACACGUUAAGGAGAUCGUGUCCACGGGCGGCAUCGUCGCUCGCCCCGACAUGACAGCGUCCGACGAAGACCGGGGAUACCUGACUCCUCAACAAUUCCACGAGGCGAUGUGCCAGGCAGUGAAGGACAAGGAGGGUACCGUGGUUUUAGAUGUACGGGCACACAAGGAAUUUCUAGUUGGUCACUUUGAAAACGCGGUGGAUCCUAAAGUCAAGAACUUCUCCGAGUACUACGCAUUCUUGCAGAACCGUGUAGACGAGAUGAAGGACAAAAAGGUCUUGAUGUAUUGCACAGGCGGCAUUCGUUGCGAAAAAGCGUCCAACUUCCUGCGCAAUCAGGGCGUGAACGAUGUCCACCACCUCAAGGGCGGCAUUCACAAGUACCUUGAAGCGUACCAAGACGGAGGCUUCUUUCGUGGCAAGAACUUUGUCUUUGACAAGCGAGUUUUGAUGGGAGCACAAAACAGCAACGAAAUUGUCGGGAAAUGCAUCGAGUGCCAGGAGCCGUUCGACGAAUUCAGUGGGCGUAAGGUGUGCACUGUAUGCCGCGACUUGGUGCUUGUAUGUGAUAGCUGCUACUACACUCGUCAUGGCGAGGUGCACUGCACGGACCACCAGUACCUCAAGCGCUGCUACGUCACGUUCCUGCAGUACAUGCCACGCUCUGAGCUACUCGAGCAGCAGAGGGCACUCGAGAAGAUCCUCGCUGAGUUUCUGGAGGACAAGUCCAGCAGCAAGAACAAGCGUCGCUCCAUCCGCAACCAGCUCAAUAAGAUCGCAACUCGCUUUGAAGCCAUCGACGCCGACCCGGAGGCUGCAGCAGCGACACUGGCGCUGGACCCGCGUCCCAUCCACUGCCGCACUUGUGGUCUGGCCACGUGCAUGGGCAACUGCUGGGGCUUCUGGAGCGACGAAGUGCUGACUCCUCCUCAGAACUGA